AUGUCUUGCUCAUCUUCUUUAUUUUUACGGAUGAUUUCUGCUGCAACUUUGUUUUGGUGUAUUCAGUUCUCAGUAGCCGGAAACAAUGACACAGACAGGCUAGCAUUGCUCGAUAUCAAAGCCAAGAUACGCGAUGACCCUCUGGGUAUCAUAACCUCAUGGAAUGACUCUCUCCACUUCUGUGAGUGGACUGGGGUUAUUUGUGGCCGUAGGCAUCAGAGAGUGACAGUCCUUAACCUGGGUUACUCGAAACUCACAGGUACCCUCUCUCCCCAUCUUGGUAAUUUGAGCUUUCUCAACGAGCUAUACCUUGAAAAUAAUAAUUUUGGCGGAACAAUUCCACUAGAAAUUAGUCGUUUGCGUAGGUUGCGAACUCUUUCAUUGUCUAAUAAUUCCAUCGGAGGGGAAAUUCCAUCAAAUUUAUCUAGUUGCUAUAGUCUUGUUCACCUAUACCUUUUCAAUAACAGGUUGCUUGGAAGAAUCCCGCACACCCUUGGUUCCCUUUCACAUUUACAAUAUCUUUACUUGACAAGUAACAACUUGACAGGCGACUUUCCUUCAUCUUUGGGGAACUUAUCAUCCCUCUUAGAGCUCCAUAUAGCUGAAAACAAUUUGGUUGGAGGGAUUCCAGAAUGGCUAGGCAAACUCAGAAAUUUGACCAUUCUUGUAUUAGAGGGCAAUAAGUUUUCCGGGAGAGUCCCUCCCUCGAUCUUUAACCUCUCUUCAUUGACAGAUUUAAGUUUAGCCCGGAAUGACUUGGAAGGAGAGCUUCCUUCAUAUUUAGGUAACACUCUUCCCCAUCUUAGGUGGUUCUCAAUACACAACAAUCGAUUCACCGGACAUAUUCCAUAUUCGAUAUCCAAUUCUUCACGUCUAGAAUUUCUCGAUUUGUCAGUGAACAACCUCCAUGGACAAGUUCCUUCUCUGCACAACUUAGCAAGGCUUUUUCACUUUGUCCUAUACAGUAACUCCCUUGGGCGUAACAAAGCCGGAGAUUUGAACUUUGUUUCUUCCUUGCCCAAUGCUACCAAUUUACAAUGGCUACAGUUAGGUGAAAACAACUUCAAAGGAACUUUUCCUAGAAUCAUCUGUGAUUUCUCAUCUCUUACUUUUUUGACAUUAGGCAACAAUAACUUAGCUGGUGAAAUUCCAAAUUGCAUAAUGAACUUAGCAAAACUGCAAUUUUUUGCUGUUAGUCACAACAGACUUGCAGGGGUCAUUCCUCAAGGCAUAGGCAAGCUCCAAAACAUCAUUAUUUUACAGUUAAGAGGUAACCGAUUUUCAGGGAUCAUUCCACCCUCCAUUGGAAACUUAACCAAGUUGUCUAUUUUUUCCCUGCACAAUAACAGUAUUGAAGGCCAAAUACCUGCAACUCUUGGAAAUUGUAGAUCACUAACAAGAUUAGAUCUUUCAAAUAACAAGCUUAGCGGUACGAUACCGUCGCAACUUUUUAAUCUCCCCAGCAUGUCCAUCAUACUCAAUCUUUCUGGAAAUCAUCUGACUGGAUCCCUCCCUGAAGAAGUCGGACAAUUGAAGAAUCUUGACAGCCUUGAUGUUUCACAUAACAUGAUAUCAGGUCAUAUACCAAGUUCUCUUGGUAGUUGCGAGUCGUUAGAGUUCCUAUACAUGCAAGAAAAUAAUUUCAGUGGCACCAUUCCUGGUGCAUUAAAAACAUUAAAGGGUCUCCUCUGGUUAGAUUUGUCACACAACAAUCUUGAAGGUGAUGUACCUACAGGUGGAGUCUUCAACAAUGCAACUGGUGUCUUGAUAACUGGAAACAAUAGGCUCUGCGGAGGCAUACCCGAGUUAAAGCUGCCCCGCUGUAAACUGAGCCGCAACACCAAAAAAAGAAGAUUAGAACACAGACAGAAAUUGACAGUUGCAAUUCUAUCUGCGCUUUUUGGAGUUACUUUGCUGGUGGCUUUACUUGUGUCAUUAUACAGUUUAAGGAAGAGGAAGAGAACCAAGGAGCCCACUAUUUCAGGUGUUAAAGAAAAAUUUCUAAAUUUGACUUACCAAACCCUUUAUAAAGCCACAAACGGGUUCUCCUCCGAAUACUUAAUAGGCAGUGGUUCAUCUGGGUUUGUAUAUAAGGGAAUCCUUGAAAAGGAUGGAUCAACUGUUGCCAUCAAGAUAUUUAACCAAGAGUACUGCGGUGCUUUCAAGAGCUUCACAACUGAAUGUGAGAUCCUCCGAAACAUCAGGCAUCGAAAUCUUGUCAAGGUGAUGACAACUUGUUCAAGUGUUGAUUAUCAGGGUAGAGAAUUCAAAGCUUUGGUUUACGAGUACAUGUCAAAUGGGAGUUUAGAAGACUGGCUGCAUCCAACAGAGGCAUUUAGUACGGUUGAGGGUGUAAAUCAUAUCACUAAGAACUUGAGUUUUCACCAAAGACUUGAUAUUGCGGUUGAUAUUGCAUUUGCGUUGGAUUAUCUUCACCAUCACUCUGGUGCCCCCGUGGUUCAUUGUGACCUCAAGCCGAGCAAUGUUCUCCUCGAUAAUGAUAAAAUCGCACAUUUAAGUGAUUUUGGGCUUGCUAAGUUCCUAACAAACGGAAUAAGCACCUCGCAUGUGAUUCAAUCCAGCUCUCUUGAAGCUAGAGGAACAAUUGGUUAUGUGCCUCCAGAGUAUGGAUUGGGAAAUGAGGUGUCCACUUGCGGUGAUGUCUAUAGUUUUGGGAUCCUUUUACUGGAAUUGUUUACAGGAAAGAGACCAACUACAGACAUAUUAAAAGACAGUCCGAACUUGCACGGUUUUGUGAAGAAGGCUCUGCCUAAACAUGUGACCGAGAUUCUAGAUCGUGCUCUUCUUCAGGACAUAGACGACAUGGAGGAUGCCGGUAGAAGUGCAAAAUUAAAUGCCAUGAAUUCUAUACUAGAAAUAGCACUUCACUGCUCUGCUGAGGUCUCAAGAGAAAGGUUGGACAUGAGUUAUGUAGCUGCACAGCUAUCAUCAAUUAGCAAGAAGCUCUUUGGGACUAUGUACAAGACAGAGGAAACACUAGCAGCCCAGAAAGUACACUUUCUAGACGAUGAUAAAAACAAUCUGGAUUUAUUUCCCGGAAACUAUUGUUAA